AUGGCCAACAUCCAGCGAGUUCUUAUCUCGCUAAUGGUCAUUUUGACCGCAACCUUUCUGUUCAUGGGUCAGACUGCAGCGGCGGCCAAGGGGCCCAAGAUCACGCACAAGGUCUACUUUGACAUCGAACAUGGCGACGAGCCGCUGGGCCGAAUCGUCCUGGGCUUGUAUGGAAAGACAGUUCCCAAGACUGCUGAGAAUUUCCGAGCAUUGGCCACGGGCGAGAAAGGCUUCGGCUACGAGGGGUCGCAGUUUCACCGUGUCAUUAAGAACUUUAUGAUCCAAGGAGGCGAUUUCACCAAAGGAGAUGGCACCGGUGGCAAGUCGAUUUAUGGGAACAAGUUCGAAGACGAGAACUUCAAGUUGAAGCACACCAAGAAGGGCAUGUUGAGCAUGGCCAAUGCGGGGAAAGACACCAAUGGCUCACAGUUCUUCAUUACCACUGCAAUCACCAAUUGGCUUGACGGUCGCCAUGUCGUGUUCGGUGAGGUUCUCGAAGGCUACGAUAUCGUCGAAAAGAUCGAAAACGUUCCCAAGGCUUCUGGAGAUCGACCUGCAAAGCCGGUCAAGAUUGUGAAGAGUGGGGAGCUCGAAGUGCCAGCGGAAGAACCUCUCUACUCGGACGCGCAUCCUUCUUAUGUCGAAGAAGAUGGGCAUGGAGCCAAAGAACCUGAGCAGCAACAGGGGGCGCCGCCAGCGGACAUCCCAGCAGCCGCAGACUCGACCACACCUGCAGAAGCUAUGAUCACGCAAACAUAUGUGCUGAAGGCUGUCAUUUUCUUGGUUGUGAUUUGUGUGGCGGUAUUCAUGUUCCGCAGGCGGGGAUCUGGCUAUGAUAAACUAGAUGAGAAAAGCAUGGCCUAA